AUGGCAGUUGAAUUUGGAGACCACAACAGUGGCUUCCACCAUACUGAAGUAAUCAGAUUCAUUAACAAUGAAGUCCUUAGGAAUGGAGGGGGUCCAGAAUUCUAUAUGACCUUUCGAUCUCGGUCUUGGAAUGAGAUAGAAGACCACCUUCAUACCAUCCUUGUUGACCCGAAAGUGUCACGUUCCCUAAAGAGGGCUUGUACCUGGAGUGCUUUGGCAUUGAGUGUGAGAGUGGGUGCUAGGCAACGUGAGCAGCAGGCACGUAGAGUUGGGAGGCUACAGGAACAGGUGGGAGAGCGUGAAACUGCUUCCUGGACUCUGGCCUCUGAAUUACAGAGGUUGCGAGAGGAGAGGGACCAGGCAGCAGCUCAACUUGUUUCUACACAGACUGCGCUACAAGAGGCAAUGGAUGAGCGUGAAAUACUGCGUGGGAGGCUGCUCCAAGCAGAGAGGUCUGCCUUGCCUGAUGUGCCUGAACCUAAAAUGCAACAGGGUAGUGCAUCAGUGUGGUUCCUUGAGGAAGAAGAGCAGGAAGAGUGGCAAUCUAGAGAGGCCCAAAACAUGCCCAAUUUGGAGGCCCAGAUGCCUGUCCCACCAGUCUUGUCUUAUUUGCCAGGACUUCCUGGUCCUUGGGUACAAUCAGUGCAACCCUUUCUUCGAAUGCCUGUGCCACAUCCACUACCACUCAAUACUCGAAUUCCCUUGGCAUUCCCAUAUUCAACACCUGUGCCAUGCCCAUUAGUGAUGGAAUCAGGAGCAACAACAGCAGCCAUGGCUACAGUUGUACCUCAGAUAGCUCCUGCAGCAAUCUACCCACCCGGCUUGUGGGUUUCAAAGGGGUCACGGGAAGCAACAGCUUCUGCUUGUGGCCAAACUUUCCAUAGGCAUAACGAAUAUCCUGAGAACGUCCAGGAUGUAAGUCAUCUGGGAAACAGUGUAAGCCAAUGUGAAGAAGGUCCAAAGAAACCCCAAGGAACACUACCCCAUGGGGACAGCAGCAACAACAACCACAAGGAAAGUCAUGUCACAUCCCAGAUGAAGGUUGCCACUGAAAAGAAAAAUCCAGUGAAGGAGCAGCUAACCACUGCACUCGAGGUCAACAGUAAUCACAGCAUAAAGGAAGAACAAGUAAUGCUUCAGGGGAUGACUUCUCAGAGAAAUGAAACCAGCUGCACCAAGAAGAAAUAUCCAGGGAAUCCCAAGAAGGUGGUUAGCCUAAAAGAUAGUGUCAGCCAUAGCACUAAAGAAGAUUCAGUAACUUCUCAGGAAAGAGUUACUCAGGUGAACAAAACAAGCCCAACCCUGAAAAAAUAUCCAGGAAUUCUUCUGAAGAGGCCAGACCUGGGAAGCAGUGUUAGCAGUGAACAGAAAGAGGACCCAAAGAUAUCCCAGGGCACAGCUGCCCUGGGAGAAGAUAACACAAACACAUUUCAGCAGAUGACAACCCUGGCUACUGAUGCAAGCCCUAGUUUGGAGAAAGAUGAGGAGACUGGCAAGAGCCAGGGACAGAAAGAAGAGCCAAAUAGUUUCCAAGCCAGCCCCCUAAGAAAAAGUAAAAGUUAUUCUCUGAAUAAAUGCCCCUCAAAACAACUGCCUCCAAAGCAAAAUGUCAAGCAACCCCAACAACCUCAAGGGGUAAAGGCCUUUGAAUUCAAGCAAGCUCAAGGGGCAAAAUCCUUUGAAACCAAACAAUAG